CGGCUUGGAGAGCAGGGUGCGGGCUGAGCGCGCGAUGCGCCGCCAAAGCCCGCGUCCGACGGCGCUGGAGCGCUGAGCCGGCGGGGUGCAGCGGCCCGAGCCCGGGCAUGGAGCUCGGGGCUGCCGAGCCUCCGCACAUUUGGGGCGCGCCUCAUCCGAGCCAGCGGCGCACCUGAAGUUGCAAAGCCUAGAGGGCGGCCCGAGGGGACCCGGAGCGGCCGGCGCGCCGCGAAUGAGCCUUCGCGCCGGCGGCGAGACACGGCGGUGGCCAGCGCCCAAGCAGGCGGCACACGGGGGCCGAUCCAGCGGACAGCAGAGCCCGAGGCGCGGCGCGGCGCCGCUCCACACCCGCACACGGAGCCAUGAGGGGCCACGUGGCUGCCAGCUGCCCCGUGGUCUGGUUCUUUGUGCUGAUCUCCGGAUGCUGGGGCCAGGUGAACCGGCUGCCCUUCUUCACCAAUCACUUCUUCGACACCUACCUGCUGAUCAGCGAGGACACGCCUGUGGGUUCCUCUGUGACCCAGCUGCUAGCCCGAGACAUGGACAAUGACCCCCUGGUGUUUGGCGUGUCGGGAGAAGAGGCCUCCCGCUUCUUUGCCGUGGAGCCGGAUACUGGUGUGGUGUGGCUCCGGCAGCCACUGGACAGAGAGACCAAGUCCGAGUUCACAGUGGAGUUCUCUGUUAGCGAUCACCAGGGGGUGAUCACACGGAAGGUGAACAUCCAGGUUGGGGACGUGAAUGACAACGCGCCCACCUUUCACAACCAGCCCUACAGUGUGCGCAUCCCUGAGAACACUCCAGUGGGGACGCCCAUCUUCAUCGUGAACGCCACAGAUCCUGAUCUAGGCGCGGGCGGCAGCGUCCUCUACUCCUUCCAGCCCCCCUCCCAAUUCUUCGCCAUCGACAGUGCCCGUGGCAUUGUCACUGUGAUCCGGGAGCUGGACUACGAGACCACGCAGGCCUACCAGCUCACCGUCAAUGCCACGGAUCAAGAUAAGACCAGGCCUCUGUCCACCCUGGCCAACUUGGCUAUCAUCAUCACAGACAUCCAGGACAUGGACCCCAUUUUCAUCAACCUGCCUUAUAGCACCAACAUCUACGAACAUUCUCCUCCGGGCACGACCGUGCGCGUGAUCACUGCCGUGGACCAGGAUAAGGGGCGGCCCCGCGGGAUCGGCUACACCAUUGUUUCAGGAAACACCAACAGCAUCUUUGCUCUGGACUACAUCAGCGGAGCACUGACCUUGAAUGGUCUGCUGGACCGGGAGAAUCCCCUGUACAGCCAUGGCUUCAUCCUGACUGUGAAGGGCACGGAGCUGAAUGAUGACCGCACCCCGUCUGAUGCCACCGUCACCACGACCUUCAAUAUCCUGGUCAUUGACAUCAAUGACAACGCCCCAGAGUUCAACAGCUCCGAGUAUAGUGUGGCCAUCACUGAGCUGGCGCAGGUCGGCUUUGCCCUCCCCCUCUUCAUCCAGGUGGUGGACAAGGACGAGGGCCUGAACAGCAUGUUUGAGGUGUACCUGGUGGGGAACAACUCCCACCACUUCAUCAUCUCCCCCACCUCUGUCCAAGGGAAAGCGGACAUCCGCAUCCGGGUGGCCAUCCCACUCGACUACGAGACUGUGGACCGCUAUGACUUUGACCUCUUUGCCAAUGAAAGUGUGCCCGACCACGUGGGCUAUGCCAAGGUGAAGAUCACCCUCAUCAACGAGAAUGACAACCGGCCCAUCUUCAGCCAGCCGCUGUACAACGUCAGCCUGUACGAGAACGUCACUGUGGGCACUUCUGUACUAACGGUCCUGGCCACGGACAAUGACGUGGGCACCUUUGGGGAGGUCAACUACUUCUUCAGUGAUGACCCUGACAGGUUCUCACUGGACAAGGACACGGGACUCAUCCUGCUGAUCGCCAAGCUGGACUUCGAGCUCAUCCAACGCUUCACCUUGACCGUCAUCGCCAGGGAUGGGGGCGGCGAGGAGACAACAGGCCGGGUCCGCAUCAACGUGCUAGAUGUCAACGACAAUGUGCCCACCUUCCAGAAGGACGCCUAUGUGGGCGCCUUGAGAGAGAACGAGCCCUCCGUCACCCAGCUGGUGCGGCUGCGGGCGACGGACGAAGACUCCCCGCCGAACAACCAGAUCACGUAUAGCAUUGUCAACGCGUCGGCCUUUGGCACCUACUUUGACGUCAGCGUGUACGAGGGCUAUGGAGUCAUCAGCGUGAGCCGCCCCCUGGAUUACGAGCAGAUACCCAAUGGACUGAUCUACCUGACGGUCAUGGCCAAGGAUGCUGGCAACCCACCUCUCCACAGCACUGUCCCGGUCACCAUCGAGGUGUUUGAUGAGAAUGACAACCCCCCCACCUUCAGCAAGCCCGCCUACUUCGUCUCGGUGGUGGAGAACAUCAUGGCAGGAGCCACAGUGCUGUUCCUGAAUGCCACAGACCUGGAUCGCUCCCGGGAGUAUGGCCAGGAGUCCAUCAUCUACUCCUUGGAGGGCUCUGUCCAGUUCCGGAUCAACGCCCGCUCCGGCGAAAUCACCACCACGUCCCUGCUGGACCGCGAGCUCAAGUCGGAGUACAUCCUCAUUGUCCGCGCCGUGGACGGCGGUGUGGGCCACAAUCAGAAAACAGGCAUCGCCACAGUGAAUGUCACCCUCCUGGACAUCAAUGACAACCACCCGACCUGGAAGGAUGCUCCCUACUACAUCAACCUGGUGGAGAUGACACCCCCAGACUCUGAUGUGACCACGGUGGUGGCAGUGGACCCAGACCUGGGGGAGAACGGCACCCUGGUGUACAGCAUUCAGCUGCCCAAUAAGUUCUACAGCCUCAACAGCACUACGGGCAAGAUCCGCACCACGCACGUCAUGCUGGACCGCGAGAACCCCGACCCGGUGGAGGCCGAGCUGAUGCGCAAGAUCAUCGUCUCUGUCACUGACUGUGGAAGACCCCCCCUGAAGGCCACUAGCAGUGCCACAGUGUUUGUGAACCUCUUGGACCUCAAUGACAACGACCCCACCUUCCAGAACCUGCCUUUCGUGGCUGAGGUACUCGAAGGCACCCCUGCAGGGGUUUCCGUCUACCAGGUGGUGGCCAUCGACCUGGAUGAGGGCCUGAAUGGGCUGGUGACCUACCGUAUGCAAGUGGGCAGGCCCCGCAUGGACUUCCUCAUCAACAGCAGCAGCGGUGUGGUGCUCACCACCACUGAGUUGGACCGAGAGCGCAUCGCUGAGUACCAGCUGCGGGUGGUGGCCAGCGAUGCAGGCACGCCCACCAAGAGCUCCACCAGCACCCUCACCAUUCGUGUGCUGGACGUGAAUGACGAGACACCCACCUUCUUCCCGGCCAUGUACAACGUGUCAGUGUCCGAGGAUGUGCCGCGGGAGUUCCGCGUAGUCUGGCUCAACUGCACGGACAACGACGUGGGCCUCAAUGCUGAGCUCAGUUACUUCAUCACAGAGGGGAAUGUGGAUGGGAAGUUCAGCGUAGGCUACCGAGAUGCCGUGGUGAGGACAGUGGUGGGCCUGGACCGCGAGACCACGGCUGCAUACACGCUUGUCCUGGAGGCCAUCGAUAAUGGCCCCGUAGGCAAACGGCGCACGGGCACAGCCACUGUGUUUGUCACUGUCCUGGAUGUGAACGACAAUCGACCCAUCUUCCUGCAGAGCAGCUAUGAGGCCAGCGUCCCUGAGGACAUCCCUGAGGGCCACAGCAUCGUGCAGCUGAAAGCCACUGACGCAGACGAGGGCGAGUUCGGACGCGUGUGGUACCGCAUCCUCCAUGGUAACCAUGGCAACCACUUCCGGAUCCAUGUCAGCAGCGGGCUCCUGAUGCGAGGCCCCCGGCCCCUGGACCGAGAGAGGAAUUCAUCCCACGUUUUGACGGUGGAGGCCUAUAACCACGACCUGGGCCCCAUGCGCAGCUCCGUCAGGGUGAUCGUGUACGUGGAGGAUGUCAACGACGAGCCCCCUGUGUUUGCACAGCAGCAGUACAGCCGCCUUGGGCUGCGCGAGACCGCAGGCAUUGGCACAUCCGUCAUCGUUGUCCGAGCCUCGGACCGAGACACUGGGGAUGGCGGCCUGGUGAACUACCGCAUCCUGUCGGGCGCAGAGGGCAAGUUUGAGAUUGAUGAGAGCACGGGGCUGAUCACCACCGCAGACUACCUGGACUAUGAGACCAAGACCAGCUACCUGAUGAACGUGUCUGCCACCGACCAGGCCCCACCUUUCAACCAGGGCUUCUGCAGCGUCUACGUCACGCUGCUCAACGAGCUGGACGAAGCCGUGCAGUUCUCCAAUGCCUCCUAUGCAGCGGCCAUCAUGGAGAACCUGGCCCUGGGCACCGAGAUCGUGCGGGUCCAAGCCUACUCCAUCGACAACCUCAACCAGAUCACCUAUCGCUUUGACGCCCACACCAGCACCCAGGCCAAAGCCCUCUUCAAGAUCGAUGCCUACACAGGCGUGAUCACAGUCAAGGGCCCGGUGGACCGGGAGAAGGGCGACUUCUACACUUUGACAGUGGUGGCAGACGAUGGUGGCCCCAAGGUGGACUCCACCGUGGUCUACAUCACCGUGCUGGACGAGAAUGACAACAGCCCCCGCUUUGACUUCACCUCCGACUCAGCGGUCAGUGUGCCUGAGGACUGCCCCGUGGGCCAGAAAGUGGCCACUGUCAAGGCCCGGGACCCCGACGCAGGCAGCAAUGGGCAGGUGGUCUUCUCCCUGGCCUCUGGCAACAUCGCUGGGGCGUUUGAGAUUGUCACCACCAACGACUCCAUUGGUGAAGUGUUUGUGGCCAGGCCCCUGGACAGAGAAGAGCUGGACCACUAUAUCCUCAAGGUUGUGGCUUCUGACCGUGGCAGGCCUCCUCGGAAGAGGGACCACAUUCUGCAGGUGACUGUCCUGGAUGUCAACGACAACCCUCCGGUGAUCGAGAGCCCCUUUGGAUACAACGUCAGCGUGAACGAGAAUGUGGGCGGAGGCACCGUCGUAGUCCAGGUGAGGGCCACUGACCGUGACAUCGGGAUCAACAGUGUCCUGUCCUACUACAUCACCGAGGGCAACCAGGACAUGACCUUCCGCAUGGACCGCAUCAGCGGCGAGAUCGCCACGCGGCCCGCCCCGCCCGACCGCGAGCGCCAGGGCUUUUACCACCUGGUGGUCACCGUGGAGGACGAGGGUACACCUACGCUGUCGGCCACCACCCACGUGUAUGUGACCAUCGUGGAUGAGAACGACAAUGCUCCUGAGUUCCAGCAGCCUCACUACGAAGUGUCACUGGACGAGGGCCCAGACACAAUCAAUGCCAGCCUCGUCACCGUCCAGGCGCUGGACCCAGAUGAGGGGCCCAACGGCACGGUUGUCUACACCAUCAUCACAGGCAACAUUAUCAACACCUUCCGGAUUGGCAGGCGCACAGGCAUCAUCAGUGCUGCCAAGGAGCUGGACUACGAGAUCAGCCACGGCCGCUACACCCUGAUGGUCACCGCCACAGACCAGUGCCCCAUCCUGCCCCACCGUCUCACAUCAACCACCACGGUGCUGGUGAAUGUGUAUGACAUCAAUGACAAUGUGCCCACCUUCCCCCGGGACUACGAGGGACCCUUUGAUGUCACCGAGGGACAGCCGGGGCCCAGAGUGUGGACCUUCCUGGCUCACGACCGGGACUCAGGCCCCAAUGGACAGGUGGAGUACAGCGUGGUGGACGGCGACCCUCUGGGGGAGUUCCUGAUCUCCCCUGUGGAAGGGGUGCUGCGGGUACGGAAGGAUGUGGAGCUGGACCGGGAGACCAUCGCCUUCUACAACCUGACCAUCUGUGCCCGUGACCGGGGGGUGCCCCCACUCAGCUCCACAAUGCUGGUGGGGAUCCGGGUGCUGGACAUCAAUGACAAUGACCCGGUGCUGCUGAACCUGCCCAUGAACAUCACCAUCAGUGAGAACAGCCCCGUCUCCAGCUUUGUCGCCCACGUUCUGGCCAGUGAUGCUGACAGCGGAUGCAAUGCGCUCCUCACUUUCAACAUCACUGCAGGCAACCGGGAGCGGGCCUUCCGCAUCAACGCCACGACAGGGAUCGUCACUGUGAACCGGCCCCUGGACCGCGAGCGGAUCCCGGAGUACAAACUGACCAUUUCUGUGAAGGACAACCCAGAGAACCCACGCAUAGCCAGGAGGGAUUUUGACUUGCUGGUGGUCUCUCUUGUGGAUGAGAAUGACAACCACCCCCUCUUCACAGAGGGCACCUACCAGGCAGAGGUGAUGGAGAACUCUCCUGCAGGGACCCCCCUCACGGUGCUCAAUGGGCCCAUCCUGGCCCUGGAUGCAGAUGAGGAUGUAUACGCUGUGGUCACCUACCAGCUGCUGGGCAUCCACAGCGGCCUCUUUGAUAUCGACAACAGCACAGGCGUGGUGACUGUCAGGUCAGGAGUCAUCAUUGACCGGGAGGCUUUCUCACCCCCCAUCCUGGAGCUGCUGCUGCUGGCUGAGGACAUCGGGCAGCUCAAUGGCACAGCCCAACUGCUGGUCACCAUCCUGGACGAUAACGACAACUCGCCCACCUUUAGCCCCGCCGUCCUCACCGUCCACCUGCUGGAGAACUGCCCUCCAGGAUUCUCAGUCCUUCAAGUCAUGGCCACGGACGAGGACAGUGGCCUCAACGGAGAGCUGGUCUACCGAAUAGAAGCUGGGGCUCAGGACCGCUUCCUCAUCCAUCCGGUCACCGGGGUCAUCCGCGUUGGCAAUGCCACCAUUGACAGGGAGGAGCAGGACUCUUACAGACUCACAGUGGUGGCCACUGACCGGGCGACUGUCCCCCUGUCGGGCACAGCCAUUGUCACCAUCCUGAUUGAUGACAUCAAUGACUCUCGCCCCGAGUUCCUCAACCCUAUCCAGACCGUGAGCGUGCUGGAGUCGGCAGAGCCAGGCACUGUCAUUGCCAACGUCACUGCCAUUGACCUUGACCUCAACCCAAAGCUGGAGUACCACAUCAUCAGCAUCGUGGCCAAGGAUGAUACUGACCGCCUGGUGCCUGGCCAGGAGGAUGCCUUUGCCGUGAAUAUCAACACAGGGUCGGUAAUGGUGAAGUCCCCCCUGAACCGGGAGUUAGUUGCCACCUAUGAGGUCACACUGUCAGUGACUGACAAUGCCAGCGACCUACCAGAGCGCUCUGUCAGCGUGCCAAAUGCCAAGCUGACAGUCAACAUCCUGGAUGUCAAUGACAACACGCCCCAGUUCAAACCCUUCGGGAUCACCUACUACACAGAGCAGAUUCUGGAGGGGGCCACUCCGGGCACCACGCUUAUCGCCGUGGCUGCUGUGGACCCCGACAAGGGUCUGAAUGGGCUGAUCACCUACAGCCUGCUGGAUCUCGUGCCCCCUGGCUACGUCCAGCUGGAAGACCCCUCAGCAGGAAAGGUCAUUGCCAACCAGACGGUGGACUAUGAGGAGGUCCAUUGGCUCAACUUUACCGUGAGGGCCUCAGACAAUGGUUCCCCACCCCGGGCAGCUGAGAUCCCCGUCUACCUGGAGAUUGUGGACGUCAAUGACAACAACCCCAUCUUUGACCAGCCCUUCUACCAGGAGGCUAUCUUAGAAGAUGUGCCUGUGGGCACUGUCAUCCUGACGGUCACUGCCACUGAUGCGGACUCAGGCAACUUCGCCCUCAUCGAGUACAGCCUCGGGGACGGGGAGGGCAAGUUUGCCAUCAAUCCCAUUACGGGUGACAUCUAUGUGCUGUCCUCUCUGGAUCGAGAGAAGAAGGAUCACUAUAUCCUGACCGCCUUGGCCAAAGACAACCCUGGGGAUGUGGCCAGUAACCGUCGGGAGAACUCAGUGCAGGUGGUGAUCCAAGUGCUAGAUGUGAACGACUGCCGGCCCCAGUUCUCCAAGCCCCAGUUCAGCACGAGCGUGUAUGAGAACGAGCCGGCGGGCACCUCCGUCAUCACCAUGCUGGCCACUGACCAGGACGAGGGCUCCAAUGGGGAGCUGUCCUACUCACUUGAGGGCCCCGGCAUGGAGGCCUUCCACGUGGACACAGACUCUGGCCUGGUGACCACGCAGCGCCCCCUGCAGUCCUACGAGAGGUUCAACCUGACGGUGGUGGCCACAGACGGUGGGGAGCCCCCACUCUGGGGCACCACCAUGCUCCUGGUCGAGGUCAUCGACGUCAAUGACAACCGCCCUGUCUUUGUGCGCCCACCCAACGGCACCAUCCUGCACAUCAGAGAGGAGAUCCCGCUGCGCUCUAAUGUGUAUGAGGUCUACGCCACAGACAAGGACGAGGGCCUCAAUGGGGCAGUGCGCUACAGCUUCCUGAAGACAGCAGGCAACCGUGACUGGGAGUUCUUCACCAUCGACCCCAUCAGCGGCCUCAUCCAGACGGCACAGCGCCUGGACCGCGAGAAGCAGGCGGUGUACAGCCUCAUCUUGGUGGCCAGUGACCUGGGCCAGCCGGUGCCAUAUGAGACCAUGCAGCCACUACAGGUGGCCCUGGAAGACAUUGAUGACAAUGAACCUCUCUUCGUGAGGCCUCCCAAAGGCAGCCCCCAGUACCAGCUGCUGACAGUGCCCGAGCACUCACCCCGUGGCACCCUCGUGGGCAAUGUGACAGGUGCCGUGGACGCUGAUGAGGGCUCCAAUGCCAUCGUGUACUACUUCAUCGCAGCUGGCAAUGAGGAAAAGAACUUCCACCUGCAGCCUGACGGGCGCCUGCUGGUGCUGCGGGACCUGGACCGGGAGCGGGAAGCUGUCUUCUCCUUCAUUGUCAAGGCCUCCAGCAACCGCAGCUGGACGCCACCGCGAGGACCCACCCUGACCCUCGACCUGGUCACCGACCUCACCCUGCAGGAGGUGCGCGUGGUGCUAGAGGACAUCAACGAUCAGCCGCCACGCUUCACCAAGGCGGAGUACACUGCAGGGGUGGCCACCGAUGCCAAGGUGGGCUCAGAGCUCAUCCAGGUGCUGGCUCUGGACGAGGACAUCGGUAACAACAGCCUCGUCUUCUACGGCAUCCUGGCCAUCCACUACUUCCGGGCCCUCGCCAACGACUCGGAGGAUGUGGGCCAGGUCUUCACCAUGGGGAGUGUGGAUGGCAUCCUGCGCACCUUUGACCUCUUCAUGGCCUACAGCCCUGGCUACUUUGUGGUGGACAUUGUGGCCCGAGACCUGGCAGGGCACAACGACACGGCCAUCAUUGGCAUCUACAUCCUGAGGGAUGACCAGCGCGUGAAGAUUGUCAUUAAUGAGAUCCCUGAUCGAGUGCGGGGCUUUGAGGAGGAGUUCAUUCGCCUGCUGUCCAACAUCACUGGUGCCAUUGUCAACACGGACGAUGUGCAGUUCCACGUGGACAAGAAGGGGCGGGUGAACUUCGCACAGACAGAGCUACUCAUCCAUGUGGUGAACCGUGACACCAACCGCAUCCUGGAUGUGGACCGGGUGAUCCAGAUGAUCGAUGAGAACAAGGAACAGCUGCGGAAUCUUUUCCGGAACUACAACGUCCUGGACGUGCAGCCCGCCAUCUCCAUCCGGCUGCCAGAUGACAUGUCCGCCCUGCAGAUGGCGAUCAUUGUGCUGGCCAUCCUCCUCUUCCUGGCGGCCAUGCUGUUCAUCCUCAUGAACUGGUACUACAGGACUGUACACAAAAGGAAGCUCAAAGCCAUUGUGGCAGGUUCGGCAGUCCUUCUCCCUGCAGGGAACCGCGGCUUCAUCGACAUCAUGGACAUGCCCAAUACCAACAAGUACUCCUUCGAUGGAGCCAACCCCGUGUGGCUGGAUCCCUUCUGCCGGAACCUGGAGCUGGCAGCCCAAGCCGAGCACGAGGAUGACCUUCCUGAGAACCUGAGUGAGAUCGCCGACCUGUGGAACAGCCCCACCCGCACCCACGGAACUUUUGGGCGUGAACCAGCAGCAGUCAAGCCUGACGAUGACCGGUACCUGCGGGCAGCCAUCCAGGAGUAUGACAACAUUGCCAAGCUGGGCCAGAUCAUUCGCGAGGGGCCCAUCAAGGGCUCGCUGCUGAAGGUGGUCCUGGAGGAUUACCUGCGGCUCAAAAAGCUCUUUGCACAGCGGAUGGUGCAAAAAGCCUCCUCCUGCCACUCUUCCAUCUCCGAGCUGAUCCAGACGGAGCUGGACGAGGAGCCAGCGGACCACAGCCCAGGCCAGGGCAGCCUGCGUUUCCGCCACAAGCCACCCAUGGAGCUCAAGGGGCCAGACGGGAUCCACGUGGUACAUGGUAGCACCGGCACGCUGCUGGCCACCGACCUCAACAGCCUGCCCGAGGAUGACCAGAAGGGCCUGGCCCGCUCACUGGAGACACUGACCACUGCAGAGGCUACCGCCUUGGAGCGUAACGCCCGCACGGAGUCUGCCAAAUCCACACCCCUGCACAAGCUCAGAGACGUGAUCAUGGAGAGCCCCUUAGAGAUCACAGAGCUGUGACUGUCAGGGACUGCACUGGUGUGAGCCGCUAGUGCAGGUCGGAAGCCAGGUCAGGCCCUCAGGCCAGCUCUGUGGGGACAGCCUUGGGUCAACCCUGAUGGCGAACACGGCUGCUCAUACAGAUUCAACUCUGCCAGAUGCUCAUCAGCAUCCGAUCUCUACCUUCAUAAGAUUUAUUUUUUUAUGAAAAUCGAACAAAAAUGCUAAGCAUUCAAGGACAUGGUUAAGAAGGAUCACUGGGGGCCCAAGAGUCUGAGGACAGCUCUGUUGAGCAGAAGAGACCAAGGAGGCCCUUCCCGCCCUGCUCCACCCAGGUCCACCCGCCACCCCAGAGCAGGGGCCCAGCAGCACUCGCACUGGCCUGCCUCAGUCCCGUCCCACCACUCUCUUGCCACCUCCCCACUGCCCAUCCAGGCGCAGGCUGAGCGACCCUGCCCCCCCACACAGCCAAGGCCAAUGGCAACAGACGAGCAUUCUCCAUUUCGCUGGCUUCCCUGAUGUGCCCAGCUUAUAAAGAGAAAUGACUGGCAUCCCCCUGGGUUUUCAAUGUAGAGUGUUUGUGUGCGUUCCUUUUUAAAAUUACUCCCUCAAUACUUGAACUGGUACUCACUGAAAAUUUCUGGAAUGGUCUGUUUGAAAAGAAAACUAACUGACAAGGACCUGGCAAUACACUGGCUCUGGUAAA